CUUGAAUGUGGUCUGGAUGGUAUGAUGUCGUAUUUAUCUAGUUCUAAUGGGAUGCACAGAUAAACAAAUGGAUUUUGGAUUAUUAUUCACCUUUUACAUGCACCAAGUAACAUUUGAGCAAUAAUAUCGCACAGUUCAAUGUAGUGCUGGUCUGAAGCAGUUAAUUUUGUGGGCAGUGCAAUCAAAUGUCGAAAUGAAGAAUCACUCAAUUAAUCAAGAAAUGAAGAACAGGGACGUUAACAAUUUUACCGUAGCGAGGUCCAAGUAGCGCAACUGUUGAGUCAUGACGAAAGGUGGGGGCAAGGAUCACACCCACACUGCGGAAUUCCUAGCCUGGAAACGCCUCCAGUUGAGCAAGGCCAAACUGUCGACAAUUACCGAGGUUUCAACUCUGAUGGCAGGAUUUGCGGUGGUGGCGACGGUUGAGCUGCAAAUCAAUGAUGACGCGAACCCAUACCUCCUGACGGCCUUCACCAUCACGACGUCCCUUCUCGUCUGCAGCACGAUGAUGGCCCUCAUGAUCUCCACCUGCGUCCUCCCUUACAUUCAGGCCGUAGUCAAGAUGGGGGGAGAAGCCAAGGAGUCUCCGCACGAGGAGAUGGCCUGGUACGUGGACGCGUCGUGGGUGUUGGCGAACACGGUGUCCAUUUUCCUCUUCACGCUGGAUGUGAUUAUCCUCUGCUGGAUCAAGUUCACCUUUUUCUCCGUGACGGCCUCCAUCUGCGCCACGAUGAUUAUGAUCCCCGUCCUGCUGGCCAUCCUGGGCUUUGGCCUCCUCUUCUACCGGGCACUCAUCCAGCACCAGUACCUCCUUCUCACCAGCAAGUGCUCACAACUGGACGAGAUGCAGAGGAACAUUGAGCACCACCUCUCACUCCACUCCAUUCAACAUGUCUAACAACCAGAGACCAAAGACUGCUCCCCCGUGGCGUCAAAUAUAAGUUAUGAACCGAUGGGAAUUUUAUGUUACAGAAAUGCUAUUAGAAUAAAGGUGAAGAAGCCGAAUUCACAAUUUCUUGAACGAGAAAUAAAGUAAUUUAUGUUUUACGCCUUUUAAGAUGGCCCUAUAGAUUUGUCAAGAUGUUCGUCUGUAGGCACUGUAACUCUCUUUAAACUAAAGCUAUCGACUUGAAAUUUUGCAUACUUCAUCUUCGGGCAAAACGUAAGGAUUAGUUUGAAGAUAAGCCUGAUCCACGAUUGCUUGACAUUAAUGUCAAGCAAUCUAGAUAUCUAGUGCAAGUUAUCUAGAUACGUAAGUAUUAUCUAGAUAACGCUUGGGUCUUUUAGUAGAUUGGGUGUUUUAUAGAUUGAUAAAGUGUCAAAUAAUGUUGGUCAUGAACUUCAGUGCCUUAGCAACUGAGCGAUCACGAUCAAUUCAUAUCACGAUCGCUUUCAAAUUUCACCGUAAUUAAAAUUGUCACGUUCUUAGCAGUUUUGUCAUAUUUUUUAUCCGGAAGAGUUCACUUGAGUUUUUUGGUCAAUUUUUGUAGCUCUCAAUUUUUGUAGCUCUCUUCUUCUGAGUUCAGCUACGAAUGGACCCCACUCACCCAUCCAAGUCAAAUCAUGGAUCUCCGGACGGUGUAAAUAAGCCAAAGAUGCUCAAGUCGUCGAAACAAGGAGGAAGGGGAGGUUCUCGUUCUCAAAAUAAGGUCCGUGUCCACCUCCCACCUAUCGAAAGUUAUGAAAAAGAGCUCGAGUUUCCAGCGGAUGCGCCCGGACGAGUCGUGGUAAGGUUGGAACGCCUCAUGGGAACUGAUCGAGUCAGGUUGACCGACACGAAGUAUAUGGCAACGUUGCUUGAGCGAUUGGAAGAGCAAGAACGCCAAGCUUGGACAACGAGGCGCAUCGGAAGGAUUAAAGCUGAGAGAAACCGUUAUCGAAAACUCGCAAUUGAUGGUUUGAUGGAACCUGGUCGGGAUAUGCAGGACCUUUACAAACAUCCAGUGUUUAGGGUCAAUCGAGUGCUCAACCGUUUAGCAAAAAUGGACCACAACAUCACGUUGACACCAACGGAUACUCUGCCUCCAAUCGUAGAGGUCGAUCCGUUUAUGACUGAUAACAGUGGCGGUGCCUUCAAGUAUUAUCCUGGUCACUCUGUCUAUGAAGGUGUAUCCGAAGUAGGAGAUUUAGAAUCUUCCCAAUCUCAAAUGAAAAUGGGGCGUAGCAGCACUCAGCAACUGGGAAUAAAGAAAAGCAUUAUAGAGUCGUCCUCAAAUGUGAGCAUUAUUUCAUCCAAAGCAAAGGGAGUCACGCCGAAAGCUUCAUCGGUCCGAAUUCAAUCGCCACUCAAAGAAUCUGAAUCCAGGCCCAGAGAAAGACUGUCUCGUCGUGGUACGAAACAUACGCGAGUCAAGUCCACCUCGACUCAAGGACGACCCUCCACCUCCAAAGAUUUAGGUGACACAGAAAACCAGGAUGGAACCCCUGCCAGGGUUCGGUCGUACAGUAUCAAGCUGUCCGAACAGAUCAGUAUGAUGGAUUUCCCAGAAUUGCCAGAAAUGGAGAAGCGAUACGGCAUUCCUUCCGACACAGAUUUGUUGGAGUGGGGUCCGUUUAGAGAUCAACUGGUGGACACGGUCUUCCACGAGGAUGGACAACGCGUCUGGGACUUGUACCAAAUGGCGGAGGACGUGCUUGGCGUCUAUUCAAGAGAAAUUGAAACAUCGGACGAUUUCAGUCUCAAGUUAAACAGACUCAUGCGUGGAUAAAGAAGAUCAUGAUAAAAAAACUCUGCAUACUACAGAUUUUAGCAUUUUACUGUUCAAUUGCUAAAAAGGUGGUGGUGGUGGUGC